UAAAAGUGACCAUGGACCUCUCUGGGGGUUUGGCGUGAAUCUCGUCACCAUCAGUCGGUCGCGCCCACAACAAAGAGAAAGCGAGUCCUCCGCCCCCCGUUCGUUGGCGUCUGAGUGAUCGCCGCCACGUCUGAAUCCAUCAGCUCGCUUGAAAUAACAAUCGUCUGAAUUGGAGCAUCAUUCUCUACCUGUUUACGAGUACCCCAUGUUGGGCGAUAACCGUCCAUGCCUCCACCUCCUACACCGCCGCCGCCGCCACAAACACACAAUGAGGAAACCCACGAGCAAGAUCGGACCAGUCCCCUGCCGUCCUACUCCGAUGGCGACCUUGAAAUCCUGCACGAAAUUGUCGCGCUGGCGACCACGAUCCCCGGCGACGCCUUCCGCGGGUUGUGGAAAGCGUACGACUACGUUCUCGCCGCGCGCAAGAUCGAUCCCAAGGAGGACAGCCGAUACUUCCGUGGGAUCCUGGAGCUGCAACAUGCUCCGGGCGAGGAUCUCAGGGAGAAGUUUAUUUUCCUGCUCGACAAAAUCGGCGCCGAUAUUGAAACCACCCGCUUUACCGACCUGAGUGUCCUGCCGGAGGAGGUCACGACGGAGUUUAAUAGGUUGCGCCUGGAAGAGGCGAAGGAGCGACGGGAUAGGGCGCGACAGGCGGCCUCCGGGGAGCCGGAUGAGGGCGAGGAGUAUUUGGCUGAAGAUGAGGGGUCGGGAGACAACACCAACGCGCACAAACUCAGGGAGAUGGGGGUCCGACGGUCCAGAUUGCUCAAGUCGCCAGAGGAUACCAGGAACGACGCCGUGAGGGUGGCCAAUGCCGCCGCGCAAAAGCGACGGCUGGAGAUGCGCGAGCGCCGCGUGGCCUCGUCCGGUUCGGAGGCCGAGCCACAACAUCGGCACUCGGAGGCCGACGACGAUGACUACACGACCAGUGAUAAGCUUAUCAGUACUGCCAACAGAGCCUAUGAGUGCGUCAUGUUGCACAAAUUCUUCCACCUCUGGAAGGAGCGUACCGUGCAAAAAGUGGUACGUCGCAAAUUCUUUGAACACCAGGCGGAGGUGUAUAACCGUACUACUUUGUUGCAACAAUCGUUUGACAUGUGGAAGGAACAACGGUGGUUUGCGAGGAUUGGAGAACGAGCCACGCGACGCUAUCGUCUCACCUUACUUUCCAAAACUUGGAACAAUUGGGCGCACCGCACUGCCGCGAUCGUUCAACGGACACACGAAGUGCAACAGCGGAUACUGGCGAGAAAGUACUUCAACAUCUGGAAGCGACGAGUGCAAGGGGACCGGGAGAAGGUGCGGCGCUUUCGGCUACAGUCGGUGCUGUAUCGGUGGAUGGAUACCUGUCAGAAACAACGAGACUCGGAGCUGCAGGCCGUGGAGAAAUACCAGGAGAAUCUGGUGUCGCGCUUCUACUGGCAGUGGUAUUUUGCGCAUUUGAACGUUGCCGUGCCGCAGCGGUACGUGGAAUGUCUAGCCCACACAGCAUUGGAGGAAUGGGCGGCGAAAGCGAACGGAUUGAUUGAGCUACGCUUGAUGGCGACCGAAUUCCGCCGACAAAAGGACCUACAGAAUGCGUUCUCGCGCUGGGUUUACAAGACCGACCGCAACUUGGAGGACCAGGACCAUGCGUUGAACCACCUAGACUUGUACCGACGGCAGACCGCCUUCGGUAGCUGGAGGCGUCAAGCAGCUUGUGCACCUCUUGUCAAAGGGAUGUUGGAGGUUGUCACGGACCGCAUUGUCUAUGAGAAAUUCAUUGCCUGGAGGAAGCGCACAAAGAACGAAAUCGCGGCAGCAGAGAUGUACAAGGAGAACCUCGCUCGAAGAGCGUUGCGCACCUGGCGACUGGCGCUACGGCUCGACAUCAUGACGGAGCACCACGACGUGGCGAUCCGACGAAAUACGCUACAACAAUGGGUGCGACAAGAACGGCUUCAGCUACUCGCGCGCACCCACAACCGUAAAAUCGCCCGGAACGUCAUCCAGAUCUUUGCCCAGCGCUGCAGAGAGAGGAAGGAAAUGCUACGACAAGCGUAUCGACAAACUACGAUCCGCCACCGCCGGACUAUAGUGAGAGAUAUCCUCAUUUUCUGGUACCACCGACAGCAGUUCCUUCGCGAGAGGGAACAACACGCGGCAAACAGAUACAACGCCACUUUGAUGGAGAAAGCUUUGUUCAUCUGGCGGGAGCGCAUCGCAACCAUUAGAUACCACGAGAAACUCGCCGACGAUGCGUACUACUUCUUCAGGACCAAGCAGACGUUGACGCGUUGGAAUGUGGCGGCCGCCGAAUCCAAGAAGCAGCGGAUUAGAGAGGCGUACCACGUAGUUUCGCGCAACAGAAAACGGCAAACCGCGCAGCGGUUUUUCCGCCGAUGGCGGGCUAAAAGCGAUCAGCUGUGGGAUCAGGAGCAACGGGCGACCGAUUACGCACACGCCAAACUGCAAGAGCUGGGACGUAAUAUCCUGUUCAACUGGAACUCUCGUGUCGCUGUUGCCUUGGACCACUGGGCGGAAGCCGAAGACCUCGAUCAUCGUCGGAUCGUUGGACUGGCCUUCAACGCCUGGCUCGAAAACCGUCGCCGUCUCCAGGAGCAGGAAUUGAGGGCGCAGGUGAUGGUACACGAAAGCAAUUUGCGGCUAGUACACAAGUACAUCAAGCGAUGGGACACACGGCAGGCGCGACUAGGCUGGCGUCACCAAGAUGCCAUUCGACAAUACGAGCGCACCCAGACAGCCAGAGGCCUCUCCUUCUUCCUAGAAUGGCACGAGAAAGCCCUCCGGCGGCAACAACAGCACGAUUCUUCGAUGCAGCAGAUGGAUUCGUUCGAAGACGUCACGGUCAUCCAGCCUGCAAAGGGCGGCGGCGGAACCGUUACGCCGCUCAGAGGCUUUAAAACCCCCGGAUGGAAAACUACUGGUGGGUCGAGGAGGAGAGGUGUGCUGGGAAAUCGCAUUCUGGCUCCCAGUACACCGAUCGGAAGUCCCGGAAGUCCGCUCAAAAGAUUCGGUAUGUUUGGAAGGAGUACAUUGGGGAGGGUGGUGGAGCCCGAUGAUGAUGAGGGCACCCUGGUAGGGUCGGGAUCUGGGGCUCGCACCAUUGCGAGCCGCAGUAGUGUGGCUGGUGGGCUGUGAGGAUCUGUUUUCUGUUUUGGUUCUUUACCCGGACUUUGGGGCGCCGGUUUUUGGUGACAUUCUGCUUCUUUCUUUCUUCAGCGGGUGAGCGGGGCGUUUUGAUUCUUCUGUUUCUGUUGAUGAUCUGUUGAUGGGCGUUUUCGUCUCUGCAAGUUCUUGGAUACCAUGGGCCAUGGCUGCUCGCUUCUGCUUCUUCCGAGUUCUUUUUCCGUUCGAAUACCUAGCAUACUUACUCACGGUUGUGAUGUGAAAGUACUUUGUUUAGUUACGUUACUGGAAAUAAUUGUAUGCACUCAAUGGGAGUAGGGACUCGGGAGGGAUGCGAAUCAAAGUAGUGUACAAAAUAACCUGUGUUCAUCAGCCCAUGUGCGCCCAUAUCACACAUUCCACUCAUCUUGAUAUCGACCGGUAAUAACCAGCGGG